CAUGGUGAAAAUAUUGUUCCAAAAUCGAGAAAUUUCGGGAUAUAAAUUGGCAGAAAACGAAACUUUGUCUGGAUAUGCCACCCUUAGGAAUGAGUCAAGCUUCCUGAUUAGUUAUUGGGAGAGAAGCAAAAAAAACAUAAAAUAAAUAAAGGCCAUCCAUAUUGGACUAAAGUUGAGGGCUGAUUCAAAGUUAAAAUAAAUAAAAAUCUCCGUCGACACUGUUGGACUACCAGAAGAAAAAAAAAAACAGUUGAUUUUUCCACCAUGAAAACAGUAGUCAAAAUGCCAUUCACAGAACAUAUUAUAUACACGUCAAUACGUGUAUCUAAUGUAUGUAUAAAAGAGUUGUAACUUUGAUCUUCUUUUUUCUGUUGUGAAGAUUUUGUAGAACUCAACUGAACUUCUUUGUUGAGCUGGUUUUCGAAACGAACGCAGAAGCGAAGAGCGUAAACAAAAAAGAAUGGGAAAGAAACUUAAUGCCCUGUUUGGGAGAAGCUCAAAAGCAGCAAAGCUGAGUAUGCUGACAAAUCUUGCCAUAUCAAGAAUCGACACUUUCAAAAACCUUCACUGCGUGAGAUGCUCCCAAGCUGAGUCUGAUGUCAUCCAGCUCCUCCAACUCGGCCACCGGGAACGCGCUCUCCUCCGCGUUGAGCAUGUUAUCAAGGAGCAAACUACAUUGGAUGCAUUUGUUCUGAUGGAAAACUACUGUUAUUUGUUGAGAGAGAGAAGCGAGAUUGUCAAGACUAGCAGGGAAUCAUGUCCAGAUGAACUAAAGGAGGCAAUAUCUAGCUUGAUAUAUGCAGCUUCAAGAUGUGGAGAGUUUCCCGAGAUGCAAGAGAUUCGUGGUUUAUUCAAAUCUGAAUACGGACAAGAAUUUGUCACUAGUGCAGUUGAAUUAAGAAAUAAUUCUGGAGUGUGUCCUAAGGUGCAUUUUUAAUAAUAAUUUUUCGUUCAACAAAACUCGUUUUCUUUUCGUGUCCUGAAAUCUUGACGACUUAAG